AUGGGGACUGGUCUCUACGACUACGACGAAAAGCCCUGGGUUGUUUCUCAAACGGUGGCCUCAUGGAUCUCCGUCCUCGGCGUCGCCUUCGCCCUCUGGGCCAUCGUUCAAGAGCGAAUCCAGCGAGUUCGCAGCCGGGACGAUGCCCGCAUCGCCACAGACCCGGUGAAGAUGGACUACUUCUACGUCAAGCGUGCUUCGUGGCUGGCCACAUUUUUGGGAGGAAGCACGGACCCACCCCAGCUGACCACUAUCCGUGGGCUCAUAGAAGCGGGGGAUAACGGCUUGUGGACGUCUGCGGCCAUCGACCAGGUGCGGAGGAGCUGGCAUGAUGAGAUCUGUUGGGUCCCGCUUUAUAGGUCUAUCUUCAAGAUGGUGGCAGAGGGCGAGGGACUACCAGGGGAGAUGGAGUUCACGCCAGUCCUCACUCGCUUUCAUUCGUCCACGACUAUCCACUCCGUAUCCUCAUCAAUUUCCUCAAAAGUCCAGCUGAAUGAGAUUGGCCGGCAGUUUAAUAAGUGGCUUGGUUCCAGCGCGCUAUCACUCGACCACCCUGGAAGUGGGGGUAGAGUGCCGACUUCGGAAGAUUUUCUGCCCGAAGACGUGAUGUUUCGACAGUUGAACAGCGGGCUCAAUGAUACCAGAUCCAGCUGGAUGUUGAAUGGGAGAGCUUGCAUCGAGGUUUCGCGGGAAUCACUGGCAGCGUUGGCGCUCAUCCUCGGUAUCAGGCUCACAGUCAAUGACUUCUCAAGUUCCAUCUCGGGGUUUGGCGCGUUCGGUGCUUCGCUAUAUGUUUCGCAGUCUGGCGGGUAUUGGAAACUCACCUUGCAAUUUAGCAGCAGGGCACCGAGCCAUGGUCACUCUCAGGGAAGUGGUUAUACCACAUUGAUGGCGAAGCAUAUUGCAUGCGGCAGCAUUCCAUUCGCAAACUCAAUUGUCCGGGUUCAGUCGAUAUACGUCACGUCUUCUGUGCUAAAGGCUAUCAGAGAAGGCCGUCACAUCAAGGACAGUGAGGAGUUUGGUGGCAGCUCACUGGAAUACCUCCGCCGAUUGCCGUCCGCAAAACAAGUCGAUGCUUUCUAUGGGACUACGAAGGAACCGGCUGAUCUUCUCGGAGCGAAGAUGAAGCGAGAGCUACGGGGGAAAGAGAGCGGCGUAAUACUCGACGCCUGUGGCUCCCCUGUUGGUAGCAACUGUACCUGGCCACGUGCCGUCGUCGGCAUCGCUUUCGGCGGACUCGUCCCUCAAGCCGCGCCCAACCUUGUUUCUGCG